UGUGCGCUGCGUUUCUUCCCCGGCAGCUCAGAUUAUCGCCAGUCGUUCUUUUCGCGGAGUCUCGCGCCAUUGAGCGCGCCGCAAGGGCACCUUGAACAUGGGUCUCUCCAAGACGCAGAGGAUCAUCAUCCUCCUUGUUAUCGAUACUGCAUUCUUCCUGCUGGAACUGACAGUCGGUUAUGCCGUUCACUCGCUUGCUCUCGUCGCGGACUCGUUUCAUAUGUUGAAUGAUGUGUUAUCUCUGUGUGUGGGAUUAUGGGCGGUGCAGGUCGCAAACCGCGAGACGAGCUCCAAGAUGUACACCUUUGGCUGGCAACGUGCAGAAACCCUCGGUGCGCUGGUCAACGGUGUCUUCCUUGUCGCCCUUUGCAUGACGAUCUUCCUCGAAGCGAUACAGAGAUUUGUGGAGCCGCAAGAAGUGCAGAACCCGAAAUUGGUCUGCAUCGUUGGUUGCUUUGGUUUGUUGUCGAAUAUCCUGGGUCUGGUGCUGUUCCACGACCACUCGCAUGGUCACGGUCAUAGCCAUGGACACGAGCAAGGAGAGAUUGAGGAUGUGGAACAAGGUCACGGACAUACCCACGCAACCGAGGCAGACCGUCACAGCACUGUCGCCAAUGCCAUGCCCGAAAACCUCCUUCGAAAGAGUCGCUCCGAUGGAUCGGCGAAGCAUGACGACACCUACACUGAUGAACCAGUUUCGCCUUAUUCUCGCAGACGGGUCCGUCGCUAUAGCACAUCUACUGGGCGCGGAUAUGACGUAGGUGAGAUUGGUGGUCACCCGGCUACAAUGAGACAGGAGAUUAUCGCCGCUGGUUCUCGCAACCAAUACACUAGUGAACCAACUUCAGAAUCGGAAAGUGACCAGCAGGAUGGAGGGGACUUCGAGCCAUCGGAACGCUCUGGACUCUUACGACACAAGGACCGAGCAUCCAACUACACUGAUGACGACAGCACACCAACCCGUCUGCCAGCUACAUCGCCUGACGAUGACAUUCACAAGUCUCACAACCACGCUCAGCCGAAGCCCAAGAGCCAUGGCGGUCAUAACCAUGAUCUCAACAUGCGUGGUGUCUUCCUUCAUGUAAUGGGAGAUGCCCUCGGUAAUGUUGGGGUUAUCGUUUCCGCAUUGGUCAUCUGGUUGACAGAUUACGACUGGAGAUUCUAUGUCGACCCCGGUAUCUCCUUUUUGAUCACCAUUAUUAUUCUUUGCUCUGCCAUUCCUCUGUGCAAGGCUGCGUCGCGUAUUCUCUUGCAGGCCGCGCCCCAGGGCAUGAGCGUUGAUCACAUCAAGGAAGAUAUUGAAACACUUCCCGGUGUUAUUGGAUCUCAUCACCUGCAUGUCUGGCAGCUGAGUGACACCAAGAUCGUGGCCUCGAUCCACAUCCAGGUUGACACCGACAUUAAAGGCGAGGGGUCUGACAGAUACAUGCGUCUCGCCAAGCAAGUAAGGAGAUGUCUGCAUGCUUAUGGCAUCCACUCCUCAACCAUCCAGCCCGAGUUUGCACCCGAAAGCGAUGUGGAAGACAACCAAACCGGUCCCUCGUCUUCCCAGGGAGGCAACGAUGCCACUGCUGCCUCUAGCAAAUUGCCUAGUCGUGCCGCCAGCGUUCGUGAAGAUGACCCUCGAGCAUGCCUCCUAGAGUGCGGCGAAGAAUGCGCGCGAGGUGGGCAAUGUUGCCCUACCAAAUCCCCUUAGAGCGAUCCACCUAAUUGCCUUAUCCUUUUCUCACUUUCUAAUCAUGUAUUCCACCAUCAUUAUCGACCUUAAAAGCAUUUCAUUAUCCGUCUUGAUUCUCUCAUACCCGCUGUUUGUAUACCACGGUUGUUUCUGCUGCAUUGGCACUGGUUCCGGCGAUGCAGAAUAUAGAAAGAGGUUUUGCCGCAAAAGGCAGCUUGAUGACUAUGGCGCAAUAUGCGAUUUGACUCUUCAGUUGACGGGCUUCAACUGCGUUCUUUGACGUGUUUGACUG